AUUCCUCUAACGCCACCCACGCCUCCCCCCUCCACCUGCCCCUUCCUUGGCAGAUCCGCCUAUGCCUCCCUCAAGGGCCCGUGCCCCACCACAUCUGCGCUGCCGCAAGCCCUCGCCCCCGCCGCCGACCGUCGUCGCGAUGACACCGCAGCUCCUCGCCUCCGUCGUCGAGGCUGUCGGCGGGGAGGACCGCAUCACCGGCCUCCCCAAGGAGCUCCUCGCACUCGUCUUCGGCAUGCUCGGCUCCGGCAACUGCAAGCACUGCUCCCUCGUCUGUUGCCGCUGGCUCACCAUCAAGGCCGCCUCCCGCCUCCGCCUCGUGCUCGACGCCCGGGUGCCACUCCUUUGACGACGAAGCACUCCCCGCGCUCCUCCACUGGUGCGGCUCACCGGCCUCCCCGCGCACUCCAGCUACUUCGAGCCCUAUGCCCCGUGGCAGGAGGCGGCGGGACAGCAGCCACACGAGCAAGCAUUGGGGUUGGUGUACGACGCGGCGAGCGGGACGACGGCCGUGAUUUGUGAGCUCUGUUCCACUGCGCGUAGGCAAACCAGUGUAGGUGCGUGAUGCAUGGAGGCAGCUUCUCAAGCACCGUGGUGAAGGCCCACUCACUCCCCUUCGGCCACAGAUGUAGAACCUACAGAUGGGCGAGGGGAGCUUCUUCGUGAGUGCCUUCCCUUUGUUCGUUCUGCAUACUAGUAGUUGUUAUCUCAUCUCCUCACAAUUUCAAUGCAAGCUUUUCAUCUUACAGCAUGCUAGUAUUACCCUUUGGCUAGAAACGUAUAGCCUGUAGAUGUAUUGAUUUACUAUUUUAUUUCCUAAUCAACAGGACAAAGGGUGUAUGUUGCUCGAUUGAAGCUGUAGAUGGUAUUUGUAGAUGUUAUGCAUACUGCACGUGUGUUAGCUUUAAUAAUGAUAGUAUCUAGGUGUAGCUUAUAACUUAUUUCUGUUUUUCAUUUUCCUGUCAUGUUUGCCAUAGUUUGGUGGAGCUUUGUGUCCUUCAACAUUUUAUAAGCAGGAGCCAGGGAGGGUGACAUGUUCAAGUGAUUAUGAGCACGAGCUUGAAUUUGCAUGGCAAUAAACUACUUCGGAGCCGCCGCCGGCUCCUGCCACUUCUGAGCCAAGGGAAUCGAGGGUGUUUUCCGCUCUUGCCUCCAUCUCGAGGACCAUCAAGCGCCUCUAUGGCCUCGCUAAAUCUGAGCCCAUCAAGGCUAUGGAUCCGGGGGCAAUCAAAGCUGCACUGGGAAGCCGCAGCAGCGGCUUGGAACCAUCGCCCGACAGUAAGCACAAGCAGCUGUCCAGCAGCGAGCUGCAACCUGCAAGCAUAAGCAGAGCUAUUUGCAAUCGUAUUGUACAUAUACGCAACAUUAAGGUUCUUCACUAACUGAUAUUUGUUUCUACUCACAGUUGUACUAUUUUGUGUUAGCAUUUUUUAGGAAACUUAUGCUAAAUCAACUAGCAUUUUGGUAAAAACUCAUAAGCAUUUCAAUUGGGUUAGUAAUGUCCUUUUACGAUCUCGUAUAGUCAUUUUAGUGUUGGUUCUCAAGAAUAUUCUACAGAGGCAAUAAUAUUAGUUCCGGUAGGCAAUAAUAUCAGUUUCCAUAAGCAAUAAUAUUGCUCUACCUAGGCAUAACAAUACAAUUUCACAAGAAUUGUGUCUGCGGGUGUUUUAUAAACCGUAACUUUAAUUUUGAUGUUUCUAUUUGGUAGCUUGCUGAGCCUCCUUUACCGUCAACACCAGGGAACACAUAUAUGUGAUCCUCAUGAUGGCGGUCCACCACUGGGGGAGAAUGCUGGUACAAUUGCACCCUUGAGGACAUAGCUGGGGAGUAAAAGAAGCGACUGCUCCCGGAAGGCACCGGGACAAACAGUAGUGUGGUUUAGAAAAGCUCUAGCCGUUGAACCUGUCAAGGGCAAUCUGUGGCUCAGUGGGUGCUCAGAUUGUGGUCAUGAUGGAGGUGUGUACAGCUCCCCCAUGCGUAUGUUGAAGGUAAUACAUCGUUACGAUGAGUCAUUUUAUCAAUCUUGCUUUUCUGACUGCCUGACUAUGUUGUCAUAUGAACCUGUUUAUCUAGGAGUCUUAUUUUGCUAAAUGAUAUUUUAAUCAGUGAGCUAGGCAACCUAGUGCAUUAUCUAGGCAAUUCUUCUGAUUUCAUGUAUGCAACUCAAUGCAUUUAUCUAGCCAAUUAUACCAAUCUUAAAAAAAAAGUUCAAGCAUCGUUUGUUUACUGAAGUAUUCAGCCUUGGUGAUGUUUUACUCCUGAUACUAACUGCACUUGCUACUCUUUCACUAAUUUGUGUUCCUUUCCUCCUUUUAGUCCUCCAAAAGUGUGUUCAUAAGUUGGUUGAUGUACUUUUCUUUUCUGCCUGCAAGUUUCUUCAGCAGAUCAACACUAUAACAUGCUCUACAUCUGUAAGGCUGCUAACAUUUUUUUGUAUAUCCAGAGUUUAAUUAGAGUUUUCAAUUUUUGAUCCAUAGUGAAAUAAAGACUUUCCUUUUUUAUUACAUAUUUGGUGUUUGGUGAUCAGAAAGUUCAUGAGAUCAUCAUCGGCAGCAGUUUAGUUGCACCUCAACCUAGCUUGAUUUUAUUCAUGUGUAACUUGAUAUUAGUUGUAGUACCUUCAAUAUUUUUGUUUGGUGGUAGUUUUAAUCAUCGGCUGUAAUCAACAGUACAACAGUUGAGGCAAUCAUGAUUUGUAUGUGGUAAUAGUUUUGAAACUAUGUGAAUAUUUGGAAUUUAGAUGAGGUGAAACUUUGUAAAUGUUCUAAUUUGCUUUCAGAUUUUCAUAAUUUUGCUUAUGAGGUUUCAAAAGUUGCUUUUGUCAUUGCAAAUUUUGAAACAUCUAGAAGCAAGCAAAUUAGGAGAGGGAUGGUGCCACAGUGGUACAGGUCUGAUUUUUUGGCGAAAACAUUAAUCAUGACUGGAGCCAACUAUUUUUUUCCUGAUCUAGCAGUUCUUUACCAAAUAAAAAAAACUAGUAACCUGCUUAUCUAAAAAAGGGACGGGCCGUACGGCCGGCCUAAAUUACGGCCGGCCGUACGUUAGCCAACCCCUUCCUUCUUUCCUAAUAAUUCAUAGAGAUGGAAGAUUUCCUUCUUUUCCACGGAACACACCGCUCAGACGCUUCGACGGAACAAUCGCCAAGGCCACCACACGAGGCUUCGACGGACGGUCGCAGAUCUCCUGCCGUGCCUCGCCGGGACUCGCCCACGACCGUCUGAUCGCUUCCACCUCGAUCACGCAGGCUCGCACCCAACCGCAAAGUUCUUUCCCCCGCCGCCGGCUAAAACCCCAAUCCGAUCUGCUCGGUCGAUCCCCUUCUCCCUCCCUGCCUAUAAAUCCGCCCCCUCCGCCGGCUCCCCCUCACCAAUCACCACAUAGAUUUCGAUUCCUUCCACCAGAACAAUCCCCCCGUUCCGAUCGUGUAGGAGCAGCGGCAGCAAGUCCAGAGCGAUCCGCCGCCGAGGGAGAUCGAUGGCGAGCUUCAGGGUCGCCGACGCCUCCGAGUACCUGGGCAUCACGGGCUGGGGCAUCGACGACGUCAAGCUCGCGAAGAAGGCGUGGGUGUGGGUCGGCCAGCAGUGCAAGAAGUUCGACAUCACGCCCGUCAACUACGAGUUCGAGGUCCACGCCAUGAGCUCCGAGAAGCUGCCCUUCAUCCUCCCCGCCGUCUUCACCUGUUCACCAUCGGGCCCAAGAUCGCCGACGACGGCACCCACGGGGCCUCCCUGCUGCUCUACGCCAAGCUCAUCGCGCCGCACGACAAGAACUCGUCCCACGUCCGCGAGCUCGUCAAGGGCGUCAUCCAGGGCGAGACGCGCGUGCUGGCGGCGUCCAUGACCAUGGAGGAGAUCUUCCAGGGCACCAAGUCGUUCAAGCAGGCCGUCUUCGAGAACGUCCAGCUCGAGCUCAACCAGUUCGGCCUCUACAUCUACAACGCCAACGUCAAGCAGCUCGUCGACGUCCCCGGCCAGGAGUACUUCUCGUACCUCGGGCAGAAGACGCAGCAGGGCGCCGUGAAGCAGGCCAAAGUGGACGUCGCCGAGGCGCGGAUGCGCGGCGCCAUCGACGCCAAGGAGCGGGAGGGGACCACGCUGCAGAAGGCGGCCGAGGUGGACGCGCAGACCAAGGUCUUCCGCGUGCGCCAGGAGGCCAUCGGGAUCAAGGAGCAGGCCAAGGUGGAGGCCGAGGUCAAGGUGUUCGAGAACGAGCGGGAGGCCGUCGUCGCCGCGGCCAAGGCCGACCUCGCCACCAAGAAGGCCGCGUGGGACCGGCAGACCAAGGUGGCCGAGGUCGAGGCGGCCAAGGCCGUCGCCAUCCGCGAGGCCGAGCUGCAGAUAGAGGUGGAGCGGAAGAACGCGCUGCGCCUCACCGAGAAGCUCAAGGCCGAGCAGCUCAGCAAGGCCACCGUGCAGUACGACACGCAGGUGCAAGACUCGAACGCGGCGCUGUACAGCCGGCAGAAGGCCGCGGAGGCGAAGCUGUACGAGCAGCAGAAGGCCGCGGAGGCGCGCAAGGCGCAGGCGGACGCGCAGUUCUUCGAGCAGAAGCUGGCCGAGGACGCCAAGCUGUACGCCAAGCAGAAGGAGGCGCCUAGAAGUUGACAUUAUCAAAGAAGAAUGACCCACAAUUGGAUCUCGCGCGCGAUAACUCGGCUCCCAGCUGGGAAUCCCAUGAGCUCUCCUUACCUCAUCUCCAGGUAGCAGAGUUCGAGAAGUUGAUGGGGACUGAUGACGAACACCAGUUCAUACUGAGGCUGUGUUUAGAUCCCUGUAAAAAUGGGAGAAAAAAUCACAUCGAAUACUGUAGCAUACUGUAGCAUUUUUCAUUUGUUUGUAGUAAAUAUUAUCCUACUAUGACCUAACUAGGCUCAAAAGAUUCGUCUCGCAACGUACAUCAAAACUAUGCAAUUAGUUUUUUAUUUAC